UGGGAGGGGCCGGUUUGUUGACAGGAAGCGUGUGAGGCGGAAUCACUACAGCGUCUUUCUCUCUCUGUGUAUGCUUGUAGUUUAGCCUGACAAACAGGAAUUUACAGUCGUUCACUCACUUGGAGGUGUGAGGACUUAAAAUUAUGCGCUUUAAGAUCGAGCCGGGGCAAAGAUGCAAUGGAGGUCACUAGUAGUUGGUCUGGUCGUACUGAGACUCUCGCUCGGCUGUGUGCUGUGGCUAGCCUUCGGACUGGGACCUAGCUGGGGGUUCAACUUCCCCCUCAGUUUCAAUUUGCACAAACUAGACUUGUUAUUCAGGGAGGAAAAAGUUGCUGACUCGGGGAGUAGCUCGUGGUCUCGGCGUAUACACGGCCACAAAUAUGAUGAGGAGGCGACGACCUGUGCAAAGGUUGGAGACGAGUCACCCAAGAAGUCCUACCUGAGCCUCUACGAUGGCAACAAGGACGAGUACGUGCGGAGGUACAGCUCCUUCCCGGACACGCUGAAGGCGAAAAUGAAGGACAUGGCCAAAGAAAUGUUUUAUUUCGGAUAUGACAAUUACAUGAAACAUGCUUUUCCCGAGGACGAGCUGAACCCCAUUGACUGUGAAGGCAGGGGACCAGACGUGCUAAACCCGUCAAACAUCAACAUAAAUGAUGUUUUGGGGAACUACUCCUUAACACUCAUUGACACCUUAGACACUCUACUGGUGCUUGGCAAUGUGACAGAGUUCCAGAAAGCUGUCAAGCUGGUCAUAGAUACUGUAUCUUUUGACAAGGACUCAACUGUGCAAGUUUUUGAGGCAAACAUCAGGAUCUUGGGAAGCCUUAUCUCAGCUCACAUUCUGCUGACGGAUCCAAAACACCCAUUUGGCAAGGUGGGCUUCGAAGGUUACGAUAAUGAGUUGCUUCACUUGGCUCACGACUUGGCUGUCCGCUUACUGCCGGCCUUUGAGAACACUAGCACAGGCAUCCCCUACCCCAGGGUGAACCUGAAGACUGGAGUCCCCCCUGACAGCAUCAAUGAGACUUGUACUGCAGGAGCUGGCUCCCUGCUGGUGGAGUUUGGGAUUUUGAGCCGCUUGAUUGGAGAUUCCACUUUUGAGUGGGUAGCCAGACGAGCUGUCAGAGCUCUGUGGAAUCUGAGGAGCAACGAAACCGGUCUGUUAGGGAAUGUAGUUAAUAUCCAAACAGGCCAGUGGGUUAGCAAGCAGAGUGGUCUUGGAGCUGGUAUGGACUCCUUCUAUGAGUAUUUGCUCAAAUCAUACAUCCUUUUCGGUGAGAAAGAGGACUACAGGAUGUUCCAAGCUGCUUAUGAGAGCAUACAGAGCCAUCUGAGGAGAGGGAGGGAGUCAUGUAAUGAAGGAGAGGGUGACCCACCUCUCUAUGUUAAUGUGAACAUGUUCAGUGGUGAGAUAAUGAACACCUGGAUAGACUCGCUUCAGGCCUUCUUUCCUGGGCUGCAGGUGCUAAAUGGCGAUGUAGACAAUGCCAUUUGCCUGCAUGCCUUCUACUAUGCCAUCUGGAAGCGCUUUGGGGCUUUGCCAGAGAGAUACAAUUGGCAGCUGCAGGCUCCUGAUGUGCUCUUCUACCCCUUGAGACCAGAGCUGGUGGAAUCAACCUAUCUGCUGUACCAGGCGACCAAAAAUCCUUUCUAUUUACAUGUUGGAAUGGAUAUUCUUCAGAGCCUUGAGAAAAAUGCCAAAGUCAGAUGCGGGUAUGCCACUCUCCACCACGUCGUGGACAAAUCCAAAGAGGAUCGCAUGGAGAGCUUCUUCCUCAGUGAGACCUGCAAAUACCUUUACCUGCUAUUUGAUGAGGACAACCCACUUCACAAAUCAGAUAACAAGUACAUCUUCACUACAGAGGGCCACGUUGUGCCUACAGACAAGCGCUUCAGGGAGAAACAGUGGACUGAACUGUUUCCUUGUGAAGAGGGAGCGCUGGCAGAAAGAGAUCUGAACAAUCGACCUCCUAGCAAUGUCAGCAACUGCAACAGGAUCCCAGAGGAGCGACGGUAUGCUCUGCCAUUAAAGAGUGUUUACAUGAGGCAGAUCGAUCACAUGGUGGGACUGUUCUGAAUGAGAGGAUGCAUGUGCUGACAUUUACAUGAACAGGUCUUCAGGACGACUCUCCCUCAAGUGCAGAUGCAGUGAGGUUUGAAAGGAUCCACUAUUGGUCAAAUUCCUCGUCCUCAUGUGCUCAGGAUCCAGACAGGAAACUCUGAUACUGAGAAAGCAGUUGGAUUACUUACUGUAUUAAUUAAAACGUGUGUGUGUGGGUGAGCAUGUAGUCAACAACUUUGCUGAUGGACAAUGAGGAGUCGUGCUUAUUACUUUUUGGCUGGAAGUGAUUUUAGAGUAAGUGGUGUCUUUGUGUGGAGAAAAAAAAUGUCUGUUCAGGUAUGUUUGUGUGUGUUUUUUGUUACCUCAUUGGGACGUUUUCCGGUUUAAAUACUGACCUUGUCAGGACCAGUAGUCCUCAUGGGGACCAAAGCCUGGUCCUAAUGAGGCACAAUGUAAUUUUUGGGGUCCUGGUUAAGGUUUGGGGUAAGGUGUAAAUUGAGGUUAGAUUAACAUUAGGGUUAGAGUUUGGGUUAGGCUGUCCACAAUGAAUGGAAGUCAAUACAAUGUCCUAAUGAGGAUAGCUGCGCAAACUUGUGUGUGUGUGUGUGUGUGUGUGUGUGUGUGUGUGUGUGUGUGUGUGUGUGUGUGUGUGUGUGUGCAUGUGCGUGUUUGUUUGUGUGUAUGUGUGUGUCUUGAAAUUACAGCUGAGCUGUGAAUUAUAAUAUUGUGUUUAUGGGAACAGUGCCAUCUAGCCACACAUAUGUAAAAUGUAUAGCCUAUAAAAACACUCACCUCUCUAAGAAAAUCUCACUAAACAUGAUGAUUAGUGCCUCUUUGUAGUUGAUUCACAUAACUAGAUCAGUGCUUUUACAUAAGGGCUGCACAUUAACAGAUAAUGACAGGUGAUGACUUAUGCACAUACUGUAAAAACCCUGUUUGCUGUGAGAUUUUACCAUGUUUUAGAUUGUGCCUGAAGGAAAUGUGUUGGUCCUCUGUAGGUUUGAGGAUGGUUUUCCAAAAUGUUGAAACUGUUGUCUGUUAAAACCAAUAUGUUUCACUACACAUCAUUUUCUCCAUAAGUAGUAUUAACUAUGUUCAGGCAGUUUUAAAGUGGCUUUUGUCUCACUUUUGUUUUGCACAUUUGUUAAGUAAAACUUCAGCCAAGGUUAGAUAUUUGCUAUCCAGGGAGAAACAGAUGAACAAACCCGAACUGCUUCCUGCCUGUUAGCUGUUCAACAUUUCUGAUAAAAGAGAGGAAAACAGAAGUAUUCAUCUCUCAGGCUUCUAGCUACUCGAUGUCUUACAAAGGGCGAACAGAUGUGCUGUGACUGUGUGUGAAAGAGAGGUUCACUCGUGCUGUUUUAAAGUGCCUUAAAUCUUUCUUGGUCUUUUUGGAUGCUGUACAGUGCAUAUUAGUUGUGGAUAACAUAUGCUUUUUUUUUUAAAGGCCACUGGUGAGAUGUCAGAAUAGGUGUCAUUCCAUGUCUAUGUACAGUUUCACACUCAUAACAUGAAGCUCCUUUUUUUAGACAUGAUGAAACAAGCCAUAAAAUGUCAUUUUUAAUGUUAAUGAGUGAAAACACAUUUGUCUUCCAUCAUUUUUCUGUCAGAUGUAUUUCGUACUCAGAUUCUCCUGCAUAUUGAUUUCUUCUUGUUUAGAGUAGAUUAAGUCAGUCCACAUGGAAGUCUCAUUUGCUGUUUCUCUUUCACAUAAUUGCACAUCAACAUAUCAAUUAAUUGUCUUGUGGCGAGAACUCAGGGUUUAAAGGAAAAACAAAAAUCAAUGAAUGCUUUCAUAUGAAAAUAAAACUUUCUUGAAAUGU